CGUAAAACGAAAGACAGAACGAACCAGGCAUAAUCAACGGAGUGAGAAGUGGGGGUACGAGACAUAAAGCUGAUAGAAGUUCAUACAUGUAUGUCUGACGGUACACAAUAACUUCCCACAAUGCAACUUUUUGAACUCCUCGUGCUGUUUUUCCUAGGACCAUUAUUUAGCAACGCACAAUUUAACAACUUCAUGUCACAAAUGUUAAACGGAGGCACCGGAAGUGCAUCCGCCACGACCGGAAGUGAUGGGUGUUCGGGAGCGAGUGUGUCGUGUCUUCCUGCGCCUUGGUGCAGACGGACGACAGACGAUCGAGGAUGUAACAAGUGUGACUGUGGCAGAUUAGGCAAUACACAGGAAAAGAGUAACGGAACUUCCCCUGUUACCGACCAUCGCCAACAGGCGGCGCCACAAUCUUUCAGUUCAUUCAUUAGUAUGUUAAAAGGCGCACACGGACCAGGCAAUAGCGCAAACUCGGGCGCAGGAUUUCAAUCUAUGUCGGGUAUGCACCCUGGCUUUGGAGGUUCACAGAUGGGCCCUAUGAAUCCUAUGGCAUCUAUGUUCGGAACAAAUAGCAUGUUCGGUGGAGGAGUACUAGCUGGAAGUAUGAGUGGCGCCGGAGGAGUUCCAAAUAUUCCGCAUGGCCCGGUAGACACGAGCGGAACCGGAAGUGAAUGCGGUACCGCCCCUUACACCUGCAUGGCACCGCCUCCCUGGUGUCAGAGAUUGGUGAACUCGAAAGGGUGUGUUAAGUGUUACUGUGGUCAAGAGCUAACAAAAUUCCUACAGACUUUGAAUGCCAUAACGGACAACCCGGAACUGACAUCACAUUCCUCCGAAAGUACAGUGGAUACCUCCACAGGAACUACUCUUUCCGCCAUUUUGAGAUCGACCCAAUCUAUUACUAUGACAACGGCUAGACCUCCUCUUGGAAAACCGUGCCUAGCAACCUUUAUGUGCACGCUGUCAUGUGACACCGGCUACCAGACUGACGACAACGCAUGCCCAGUAUGCGCGUGCAUGGACGACCAUGUUAUUCUUUCUCAUGACCAAACAACUGUAGCUGACCUACCGCCUGUGGUCCAAAGUUCGACUCCGGUCCAAAAAAAUGGGAUUAUUAUGUGCCCCGGUAUUUUUGACUGCGACACUGUCUGCAUGACAGGCUAUCAGACAGAUGCGAACGGCUGUCCCAUUUGUCAGUGUGAAAAUGACUGACCAAUCAGCAGUCGUGAUACAAUAUUGUGACAAGAGACAUUCUAAGUAUAUGUUAUUUAGUGUAUGUAAAGAAAAUCAAUAUAUAUGUCGUAAUUAUUUAUUAAUAAAAAAGAA